CCCAAUUCACCAUGGAUAACGAAAAGCUCGCCAAGCUCCAAGCUCUGCACGCCACUGCCCGCCUCGGUGGCAAGGGCACCCCCCGCCGAAAGAAGAAGGUCGUCCACAAGACUGCCGCCGCCGACGACAAGAAGAUCCAGACCACCCUCCGCAAGCUCCAGCUGACGGACAUCCCCGCCGUCGAGGAGGUUCUGUUCUUCCUCCAGGACAAGAAGGUCAUGGCCUUCCGAAACCCCAAGGUCCAGGCUGCCCUGCCCUCCAACACUUUCGCCAUCACUGGCACCCCCGCCACCAAGGACAUCUCUGAGAUGCUUCCCCAGCUCCUCGAGCAGCUUGGCGGUGGCGCUAACAUGGACAACAUCACCCAGCUCCUCAAGAGCCGUAUGGCUGCUGGCGGCGCUGCCGGUGGUGACGACGAUGUCCCCGACCUUGUUGAGAACUUCGAUGAGGCCAAGGACAAGACCCCCGACGUUGAAUAAAGACAUCAAAAGACCUGGCAGGCGACUACCACGUUUCCGUAGGAUGUUGCGGGCGCGACGCCCAUUGUUUGCAAUGGUUGGUUGUUGAUUGUCGUUUCUUUUUAGCACAGUAGAAAAAAUAGAAAACAUUUUUGACCCA